AUGACGGGAGUCAGAGGGUGGGCCGCUCUCGGGGAAGACACCCCCGGUGUUCAGUACUGUUGGUGGGUUCUGGCCCUCUCAACUCAGACCCAGGCCCCGGACAGCAGACCUGCGGAGACCCUGGCUUUCGGCUGCUGCUUCUUAAUGCCAGAUUCAUCAGAUCAAAUUAUUCUUUCAUCAAAGCCUAGGAAACUUUUGCCAACUUUAAUUGAUUCCCCAAAUGGGGCUCCGUUAGACAUUCACAAUAAAGAAGGAAAUCACAUUCUCUUUUCAGAUGAUGGUGACGCAUAUUUGACUAAUCCGUGGCUGACUCAGUUUCUCCCCGUGGUUGACAUUAUUGCGUUUGUUCUGGGUCUUCCGUUAAACAUGUUGGCUAUUCUUAUCUUUGUGAUGAAGACAAAGUUUCGGAAGCCAGCUGUGGUGUACAUGUUCAACCUGGCUUCUGCAGAUCUGCUUCUACUGAGUGUGCUGCCUUUUAAAAUUGCCUAUCUUUUGCGGGGACACAACUGGGUCUUUGGACCCACCAUGUGCCAGUUGGCCACUGCUACUUUCUUCUGCAACAUGUACUGCUCCAUUCUGCUGAUGACGGCGAUCAGCAUUGAUCGUUUCUUGGCAGUGGUUUACCCCAUGCAGUCUCUGUCCUGGCGCACAGUGAAAUGCGCCUCUGUGGUCUGUUUGACCAUCUGGCUCCUCGCCAUAGCAGGAGCGAUACCACUGCUGGUCUUUGAUCACACUCUUUGGAUACCUCAGCUCAACAUUACCACCUGCCUCAAUAUGCUAAAUAUUUCUGCUACUGUGAAAUUCUUUAGCUAUUAUUCUUUUGCCUUGUCUAUUUUCUUCUUUUUUAUCCCUCUACUAAUCUCUACCACUUGUUAUAUUUGCAUUAUAAGGCAACUUUCUUUGUCCAGAGUUAUGGCAAAGCCAGGGAGGAAGAGACGUGCCAUCCUCUUGUCUGCAGCUGUCAUGGGCACCUUCUUGCUUUUUUUUGGCCCACCCAACAUCCUGUCCUUGAUGCAACUCUUUUCUCCAUACCACCAGCUCCACAGCAUCUUUUUUGCCUACAUGCUCAGCCUCUGCUUGAGCCCCUUCAACUGUUGCUUUGACCCCUUCAUCUACUACUACGCCUCCUCUGAAUGUCAGAGGCAGGUCUGGCGUUUUCUGUGCCACCGAAGGCUGCUUCUAGUUAAAAAAGGGAGCCAGACAAGCAGCAACAUCGCGCCCUUUCCCAGUGGCUUAGAGCAUUCAUUUCACACUUAG